GUGAGUACCUGCGGCUGGGCUCGCAGCUUCGCUCGCGUUCUGAUUCUUCAGGGAGUCGCAGGAUGCAACAGCAGAGCUCUGAGCAUUUCCUGUUAUCGUGCUGAGGGGAGGGGAGAUGAAGUAGACGGUUCCAAGGGCAGCAGUUCAGAGUCACUCAUCAGACGGGAUAACCAGGAAACCUCUUAGUAGAUGCCUUUGCCUGAUGAUCGUUCACUGAAAAUAUCGUCUCUGUCCCCGGCGACCUGAGGUUGGGAAUGGGGCGGAAAGCCGAUUUGGGAAGGUUUCCUCCUUGCUCUGCGCCAGUCCGGGGACAAGGACAGCUCCCUUCGCACAGCUCUGGGUCGCCUUGUGCUUCUCCCCCUGUGAGUGAGCCAGGCGGGGCACUGUGUCCUGGUGGACGUCCUCCCUGAUGCGGCUGUGAGCAUCCAGACCCUCCCUGUCCACCUGCACAAACUCUCUGGCGUGUGACUUUCUCCCGGAGAGCGUCCCGCUGAGGGUGUGCCCGGAGACAGCUGUGAGCCUCGUCCUUGGAAAGCGCCAUCGGAGUGCGCGCGGGAGGCUGGGAGUGCAGGUGUUGGGUGGAAUCCUGGGGACGCAGUGCAGGAGAAGUGGGACGCCUGAACAGUCAGCAGCUCUCCUCAGACAGCUUGGCGCUGAACAGUUCCAGAAAGGACCCUGGCACUUGCUGUCCUCCACCUGGGGUCAUCAUGGGCAGAGCUCCCGAGGCAGAACAGGCUUCCCUGCCCAGAACAGAGUUCAUUUCAGUUCCACAGUUUUGGGGCCGUUCACUUAGACUCUGAGAACCCACAUGAGGGAAUCUUCUGCUGUGUGUUCAUGCUGGCCUGAUGGGGUUCACUGGAGAGGGGGCAUUCUGACCUGUGUCACUUCUGCUGUGUGUCAGUGUGCAAAAGAAAUGUGCAACUGUGCUGCUGAGCCUCCCCUGAAGCCCCUGGCCCUCCAUCCCCCAGGGGUCCUCACUGCCUUCCCUCCCUUCCGCUGUCAGACAGAUGUUUUUCCCGUCAUUUCCGCCGUCAGCCGCACACCCGCAAGCCCGUUGUUCAGCGUGUUGGCCUCCGAUUUUUCAGGCUGCAGUGCCGUGUCGCUGCCCCAGCCCCUCUGGCAGGGAGGGGGAGCAGGGGGAGCAAGGGCUCUCUGUCCUGCGUCUCUGGAGGACAUCUCAGAAUGCGGUAGGCACGUAUUACGGGAGCCUGAGUCUCCCCAGAGCACAGGGAUUCUUUUCUGGUGGCACUGGGCUCUUCUGGUGUGUUCUGCUGCUAAGCAUUCUGUUUUUGGAGGGCGUUUUAAUGAACAGUCCGCGUGUGUCACGCGGACACCUCUAGUUUCACAGCUUCUGUUGUUCUGUGGCGCCGAGGAAGCUCAGAGCUUUGUGUGUCCUAAAUUCACCUUGAGAUGUCUACACAAGCUCAGAUUUUGUGAGCUGAUGGAAGUCACUAUGAAAAUAACAAAUAAGGGACCUAAAGAGAUCAGCGAGCCCAAGCGUAAGUGUUAAUAUCAUGAAAGAUUUCUUUGUACAGUUCCUGUGCAGGAAGUCUUUCUGGCUGCAGCAAUGGGGAUUUGGAAUAAUUAACUGCUCAGAUCCUGGUGGUCUACUUCAUUUAGGAAAAAAACAAGUGUUUGGCUUAAAACCCAGAGUAAUUGUGGCUGCAAAGUAAUUAACUCCUAUUAAGUCAUAGACUACCUGUAUUAAUUACCUCAUCUUCCGUGGCAAAUGCACAAUUGUUUCUGUUAUUAGACUGUACUUACAAUUGCUUUAACAAAGAGAGCUUGCAGAAUCAGAGCCACGGCAGAAUGUAGGCAUCCGUCUCACUGUGGCUCCCUCUCUGGGUAUCCAUCUCUAUGUAUACCCACCUAGGCCUGUGGGUCUCAAUCCAUAUCUAUGUAUACAUCUGUCUGUGUAUCCGUCCAUCUUGUGACAUAUCUAUAUGUCUGUCUCCAUCUCUCUGUAUCCAUUUAUCUCUCUGUGUACCAACCCAUCUCUCUGGGUAUCCAUCUAUCUCUCUAUGUACCCUUCUCUCUGGGUAUCCAUCUAUCUCCCUAUGUGUCCAUCUCUCUGAGUAUCAUCCAUCUCUCUAGAUAUCCAGCUGUCUUUCUAUGUCUCUGUCUGUCUCUCUGUGUACCCACCCAUCUCUCUGCAUAUCCAUCUACCUCUCUGUGUCCAUCUCUCAUGUGUCCAUCUAUCUUUCUGGCUAUCCAUCCAUCUCUUUGGGUAUGUACCCAUCUCUCUGUGUAUCCCUCUAUCUCUCUGUGUGUCCAUCUCUCUGUGUGUCCAUCUAUCUCUCUGGGUAUCCACCCAUCUCUCUGGGUAUCCAGCUCUUCCUCUGUCUCUAUCUGUCUCUCUGUGUACCCAUCCAUCUCUCUGUGUGUCCAUCUAUGUGUCCAUCUCUCUGGAUAUCCAUCUGUCUCUCUCCAUCUCUGCCCAGUUCUCACCUUCCUGCCUCUACUUGUGAGUGCUGGUGCCUUCCCUUUGCCUGUGCACCUUCAGGUGAAUUUCUUCACAGGGGGAGUCAGCGGCCUAAUUCCAGGUGAAUUUGAAACACAGUUCCCAGUGCGCCUGAGCAUACUGCAGCAGACUGUUCGUUUAUUUGCCUUGUUCCUGUUCCUACUUGGAUUACAUGAGCUCCUCCCUGAUCUUAAAAUACAUCUGGAUAUUGCUGACACCUGCACUCCCCAGAGUGCUGUUCCAGAGACGGACACGUCCAGGAGAAAAGAUGCAGUGAGACAUCUAGAACAAGUAGUAAGAAUGCAAGCCUUUAGAAAGGUGUUCUUAGAGAAAAUUAAUUCACAGUGGUUUGGAAAUGCUUCCUAGAGUGUUCAUAAACCAGAAAUGAGAUAACUGUGCUUUCUGAACAGAGAUAAUACUGAUGUACUUUCUAACUGGAAAUUGUCAAUAUGGUUUUUUUGUUUUCUUGGGGUU